AUGCAAUUAAGCAAAAAGGACAAGCUGUGGCAGAUUCGAGAGAUGUACCGAAUAUAUUCCUUUGCCACUGUCUGUAUUGUCAUCCCCGGCGGGCUGCGUGCUCUGGUGUCUUUGGCCGAAGAGACGCUAUGGAUUCAUCGGGCUUGGACGCUGCAAGAGGUUGUAGCUCCUCCCUCGUGCGCCGUCUUAUUUGCCUGGACACUUAAAGCCGGCGAGAUAGAAAUGAAGGUUGCGGGUGAGCGAGGAAGCGAGCCUAUAGAGAUAGUCACCCCUGGGAGGUCGGCCAUGGUGAGCUUGGACGCUGCCCUGACCAUGUGUGUUGCUGGAUCCUUCACAUUCAUUUCGAGUGACGCCAACCAAGUUUCGUCAUCCAUUCAAAUGCAUUGCAGGCUAUUUGGAGGGCCACACGAUAAACAACCAGUUGCCCAACUCCCCACGAAAAUGGUGUCAACCGCAAAUUCUGAUAUCCAGCUCCCCCAUGUCUCAGCACUUAUCUUUGCCAUAGACGCGCAUCUUGAUACGGAAGAAAUGCGUGAAUUUUGCAUCUGGCAGUGCGCAUUUGUGCGCACAUCGUCACGCCCGGUCGACGUGGUCUUCAGCAUCAUGGGCCUUCUCGGUGUCACGCUGGACCCAAAAGCCUUUGGUGUGGGCGAUAGACUCAGUGCCACGAUUGCGCUCGCCAGAGAGAUCCUUGGCCAAGGCCGCAGUGCCAGUUGGCUUGGCAUGUCUGUAGGUUUGCCGCCAUGCUCAAGUCUAUCGACAUUUCCCAUUUUCCCGCGGACCUCUGUGGCCGGUCGUGCUACCUAUGCUCUCCCCAAUGGCGAUGAGCGGUUGAUUCAGCUGACAGAAGCCGUCUACCCGAAUGAAAUAGGCAUGUUCCCGCCGCUUACAGGAUCAAUGGACGAAUAUGGCUACUUUACAUUCGAGGCGCUGGCAGCUGUUGCUGUUGCCGCUCCCCCAUCAACCAUCUUGCCCGCCAGUUUCUUAUACAAUGACCCAAAUAUUCCUACAGCACUAAGAGCAAGCGACGGGUCAACCUGGGAAAUUCAUCCUGACUUGGUCACCGCAAAUGGCUUGGACGGUGAGGCCAUUGUUUCGCAUAAAUCGCAGUCAUUCGCCGUCAUGCUAGGUUUUUUCAAUAUAAUGCCGGCAGAAGCGAGAGGUAACAAUCUUCGCGCUAUGAUAGUGGAAGAGCACGCCCAGAACCGCUACCACGUGCGUUCUUACUUUGUGAUGCACUGUGGUGCGCUUCAAUGGACAUCCAAAUGGAAGCGGCGCUCUUUCUGCGUGGGUGGGCCCGAUAUCAUCAAGAGCCCCGGACAAUUAGUGUCUUGA